AUGUCGUCCCCUGGAUUUAUAAACAUUGUCCUUCGUACAUUUGAGGAUCUUCUCGCUGUUCAUGUGCACCCGGAUUUAAUCCGCCAUAUUGGAGGCAUACGUCCUUACCUCACCGGAACGAGCAAAGCAUUGCCCUCUGAGCCGCUAACCAGAAAGGCAAGAAAUGCGGUUGCGAUGCUCCUCAACUCCACUGAGUUAGUCAGCUUUUCUCUUGGAAUUGGCCUUUGGCUGAGCCUCUCAGCACGCAAGCCGCAGUCGACCGUUGACAAUGAGAUACAAUGUGCCAAGGCAGUGCAUUCCGCCACUACAGGUGCCGUAGCCUGCAAAGAGAGCGAAAUAACCUUUGUGAUGCACUGCAUGGCAAAGGAGUUUCUGGACAGUGUUCAGUGCCAUAGUCCUCAAACGACAAAUAUAAUGAAUUUCUUCAGAUACUGUCUCCAGGUAGAGAGGCUAUCGCAAAAGCCACCUCGGGAGCUGCAUAGGUAUACAAACCUAAGAUUUCGAAGGAUUGGACAUGAUGAGGCUUUACUACGCGAGUUUCCAGCUCUAGUUGGCACGUGGCUAUGUCUCUGUGAUAUUAAUCUGCUUGUUGAAAUGGUUCCUAGGGAAAAAGCCGAUAUUUUAGAUCUUGACUUCCAACGGACGUUUGAAAACUUCGAGAAGAUCUUUAUUGCCCUGGCAAAAAUGAUACACAUGCGUCUACUGCAGGCUGGAAAGGCAAAAGAAUGGAUAGCAAAGCUCUGUGACCUGCAUUUCAAGUCCUCCAUCGCCAACCAACACUUGCUUAUGUUAGUUCACGAGAGUGUGACUCACUCAGAGUUCCUUAAUUCAUUAGACGGUCUUCGAAUUUCGUUGCGUCAGGUGGUCAAUGAAAUGGAGCGUGGACUGGAGCAAUCGAUGUAA